AGCGUAAUUUGCACAUCAUUGCCAUCAAACUGCAGCACCUCCGUGGAUCGUAACGAAAAAGGAACAAUCCACCUCUUGAUUUUUGCUUCGGUUGCCGAAGUUGAUCGCUUGAUAUCUGCCCUCGUUGCCACUGCCGGAUGCUAUCUCGGCUCGUGACCUCGUCAUCUGUCUUUUAGAACCUCUUUGAAGACCCCUCCCUCGGGAAGGGACAAUUCUGAAGGAGGUGUAACGCGACAGAGAGAUUGUGUGGUGCGGUGCCGCCGCCGAGCUAAAAAAGAAAAACGAAAAAGAAACUGCUGCAUCUCUCCUAUCUUACUUUCGCGGCGGUAUCAGAUUCGUGAAAGCUAUCAGUGCGUGUGGAAGCACAGGAGAAAGUGCUGGCCCCACGUCGCCAUGGACUUACGAGGUAGACAGAGUCUAGUAAGUAGCUUUGUCAAUCCUACCUACUUAGGCAACGAAUGGCCCGAAAGCUUGGAUUGUCACUUUUACAAGUAUUAUAGCUGCUGUUGCUGUUUGGACACCCUCUGUGUCUCACUCCUUCUUCCUUCGAAUUUGCUCCAAACACGGAUUUCCCUUUUUUAUUUUUUAUUUUGGAACAGUGAGUGCUCGACACAACUGAGCAGUGUGGAGCUAAACAAUGGUUGAGAUCGUACUACCAGAAGGCGAUCCCUGCUGUUUUAUCUGUUUUCUGCUCAGACACCUAAUCCCCAUUACUCUUGGCGUUUUGCUCGCUGACUCGAAUACAUCUUGAAGCUACUUCUUCCUUACUCGCACAAGAGCGCACAAAUGGCUUUCACUCUUCGCCGUUUCUGCUGCAGUGUUGCCUUCGGCUUCACUGCCUCCCCUUUCAUCCGAGGGGCGGGCGUAGCCUUUUGUGAGUCCGUCAGCACACCGAGUCCCAGCACCUCUAGCGGCAGUUUCUUUAGUCGCUUUACCUCUAAGUCGGACUCCGAUUACGUACGAACCUGGGGCGUGAAGUGGGUGGAGGACUGGGAUCGACCUGCCGUGCGCGGCAUCCGCGACGAUCGCAGCUCAUCCAUUCAGCGACAGAUUAUUCUUAUUCGUCACGGACAGUACGAAAGCGAAACUCAAGACGACGACAGUAUUCGCUGUCUAACUCCGCUGGGUGUGAAGCAGGCCCGCGCCACCGGUGUGUACCUGCAGAAGCUCUUCCAGGAAAGCGGUCGGCGCAAGGAAGCUGCUGCCGCCUACCGUGCUGCACGUCUAGCGUACAAGCAGAUAAAGCUGGAUGACGUACCGGACGACGCAGUCGAUGCCGCGAUGAGGCGAAUGGAGGCGGCCAGCGUUGCGUACCGGAGUGCCGGUGGCAUCUUCGUUGACGGCGCACCGCGGCAGGUGUACGUGUCAAACCUGACGCGUGCGAAGCAGACCGCCGAUCUGCUUCUCGAGGCGUUCCCUUCCGCGCUGAAAAAGAGCGUGAAGGUGGACUCGGCGUUGCGGGAGCGCUUCCCGUGCGAUGUGGAGCCGAAGCGCUCGCACGUGGCCACCGCGGAAAACAUGAAGGCGGCGGAGGAGGUCUUUGAGCGGUACUUCCAUCGUCCCACGAGUGAUGAGUCGAGUGUGGAGAUUAUCGUGGGGCACGCUAAUGUUAUCCGCUACCUCACCAUGCGUGCCCUGCAGCUGCCCCCGGAGGCGUGGCUGCGCACCUCGCUGCCGCACUGCAGCGUGACCACCAUCACCAUACGUGGCACAGGUCAUGUGAGUCUAGUGGGCAUGGGAUCGUAUGGACACUUGCCGCCGGAGCUCGUCACAACAUCGAAUCUACCGUGA